GCUUCUGGUUGGCCGUGGUGUCUAAACCGGUAUGUUCGUUUUCAUCGUGGAUGGUGGCCCCUCGUAGCGUCUGAGACUCUAUCUAGGAAAAGCUUCGUGUUUCGCCUUUUCAAGUGAGAACUCCUCUUUCUGUCAGUGAAGAUGGAUUUCAGCCUGUUGGGCCAUAUUUUGAGGCCCCGUAGUCAGAGCCAGUGUGAGGGCUUCGAAACGGGGCUCUGUUUCAUGUGGUAAAGAUCUCGGUAGCAAUUAAAUUCCUGAAGACCUGCCAAGGCACCCAUUGGCUGAAAUGGGGAUAUUCCAGCCACUGGUUUCUGAGUUGCGAAGGAGAGGCUGUUCAAAUAUGACUCAAACCCAACUUUCGGCUUGGUCUCGGCAGGUUAAAGGAGCGGAGCCAUCUGUGAGACAUGGAUAGAUGCAAGCACGUGGGGCGGUUACGACUCGCCCAGGACCACUCCAUCCUGAACCCCCAGAAGUGGCAGUGCAUCGACUGUAAUACCACGGAGUCCAUCUGGGCCUGCCUCAAGUGCUCCCACGUAGCUUGCGGGCGGUACAUCGAGGAACACGCGCUCAAGCACUUCGAGGAGACCAGGCACCCGCUGGCGAUGGAGGUGAAUGACCUGUACGUGUUCUGCUACCUCUGCGAGGACUACGUCCUGAACGACAACCCCGAGGGCGACCUGAAGCUGCUGCGGAGCGCCCUCUCCGCCAUCCGCAACCCCGGGGCCGACCCGGCGGGUCGGAGCGGGCGGACGCUGCGCUCCAUGGCCUCGGGGGAGGCCGCGGCCCGCUCCCGCCGGGCCCCCCAGGGCCGGCCGCAGAUGCUGACGGCUCUGUGGCACCGGCGGCAGUGCCUGCUCGCCAAGGCCCUGAGGGUCUGGUUCCAGAAGAGCUCGCGGGGCCGGCUGAAGCUGGAACAGAAGAGGCGGGCCGAGGAGCUGGAGAGGAAGAGGGAGGCCACGAGGCAGCGGAGGCGGGAGAUGAAACGACGGCUCCUGGAGGAGCUGGCCAACACGCCCCUGAGGAAGAGCGCCCGGCUGCUGGCCCCCCGGGAGGGGUCCUUCCCGGGGGGUGCUGCCACUUCCUCUUCUACCUCAAGGACACGGGCGGCGGGCGGCGGCCCGUACCGCCGGCUCUACGCCAUCCGGCGCGAGCCGGCCAUGACCCCGGGGGUCACGGGCCUGAGGAACCUUGGCAACACCUGCUACAUGAACUCCAUCCUCCAGGUGCUCAGCCACCUCCAGAAGUUCCGGGAGUGCUUUCUGACCCUGGACCUCUCCGACACCGAAGACCUCUUCGCCAGGUCGCCCGGCGGCCCGGCGGCCGGGGCCCGGGAGCGGUCGGGCCCGCCGGGCGGCCUCAACGGCGGGGCGGCCACCGGCCAGAGCCUGGAGCUGAUUCAGCCCAAGGAGCCCAGCUCCAAGCACAUCUCCCUCUGCCACGAACUGCACACCCUCUUCCGCGUCAUGUGGUCCGGGAAGUGGGCCCUGGUGUCCCCGUUCGCCAUGCUGCACUCGGUGUGGAGCCUGAUCCCCGCCUUCCGCGGCUACGACCAGCAGGACGCGCAGGAGUUCCUCUGCGAACUGCUGGACAAGGUCCAGCAGGAGCUGGAGUCGGAGGGCACCAAGCGCAGGAUCCUCAUCCCCUUCUCCCAGAGGAAGCUCACCAAGCAGGUGCUCAAAGUGGUCAACACCAUAUUUCACGGCCAGCUGCUCAGCCAGGUCACCUGCAUCACGUGCGACUACAAAUCCAACACCAUAGAGCCCUUCUGGGAUCUGUCCCUGGAGUUUCCCGAACGCUAUCACUGCCUAGAGAAGGGCAUUGUCCCUUGCAAUCAGACCGAGUGCAUGCUCACAGAGAUGUUGGCCAAAUUCACAGAAACGGAGGCUCUGGAAGGGAGGAUCUACGCGUGUGACCAGUGUAACAGCAAAAGGCGCAAAUCCUCUCCCAAACCUCUCCUUCUGAGUGAAGCUAAAAAGCAGUUAAUGAUCUACAGACUACCUCAGGUCCUCCGACUGCACCUUAAACGAUUCAGGUGGUCUGGCCGGAAUCACCGGGAGAAGAUCGGGGUCCAUGUCGUCUUUGAGCAGGUAUUAACCAUGGAACCUUACUGCUGCAGGGACACCCUCUCCUCUCUUGAGAAAGAGGCCUUUGCCUAUGACCUCUCCGCGGUGGUGAUGCAUCAUGGGAAAGGGUUUGGCUCAGGACACUACACAGCAUAUUGCUACAACACAGAGGGAGAGAACAGUGCAGGGCAGCGCGGACGUCUCAGCGAACCACCUCCGAGCUCAGGGGCCGUCCGGGAACCGCGAAGAGGACAGAGGACUGACCUUCCCCUGAAAGGGAAGCGCCUCGGCUCGUUCGGGACCACGUUGGGGUUCGCGACUUUCCUCUCAGGAGGAACGAAGGCUGGGAUGUGGAAACGGAUCUCCUGGUUUGCCACCGCAGGGCCUAGAAUAGAAGAUAUCAGGUUUUUUCGAUCUCGCCAUAAGAUUGUAGUCGGUUUCUUUGUCAUGUCCGUGGAAAUCUCCACCUUCCAUAAAGCCGAAGCGAAGGAAACGAGCUUCCAGGCUGGUGAGCCUUGGCUGCCUUCUUUCAGCCCCGGGAUGAGUGAGUUGGAGGAGAGCUGUACAGGCCUGGCUCCACCCUUCCGAUCCCUGGAGAAUUGGGGCGUUUGAAGACGGCCUUCUGCUACUCCGCCAGAGGCCCGCUGGGGCCGGCUGGGUGACAGGGAGGCCGGUCCCCCCUGCCCCCCGCACCCAUGACUCACGGGAAAUGAGAUCGCCUGGUCCAGCCGGCCCCGGAAGCAAACCCGUCUACACCCCGGCCACCUUAGGGCGCAUCCCCGCGAAAGCGUCCUUCUUCGGGGACCUGGUGCCCAGAGGAAUGGCGAACCGCGUGGCAGCCUCGCAGCUGGGGCCUGCCGGGAUCCUCAGCGUACCACUCCGAACGCUCAGCUUUGGACCGAGUGAAUCGCAUUCAGGCUGGAGCGCAGGAUUCAUGGAAACCGGUGCCUUGUACCCAGCGACAGUUUGCAUGGGACAAAAUGAUUACGGGAAAGGAUGUGUUCUCCUCUGGCUAUUCGAGUGGCAAACGUUUGGUUGUUUAAGGGCAUUAGGUGUCACCGACUCCGUCGCCCGUCGAUCUGUGCAAAUGCAUACCGUUCACCAGCGAACUCCCAGCUUGGCGUGUCGCAUACGUGCCCAGGACCUUGGCGUUUGGGAUUACAGGAUUGAAAUGACUGCGUGUCCCAAAGGCAGAUCCCUCCUUCCAUGUUCCGGACAGUAACUCAGGCCUUUUUUUUUUAGCAGUUUGGGAAAUCCGUCUUGGGAGACUUCUGGAGCUCCAGCGAAAGUUGCCACCAGCUGCAGACCUCAGAGGUCUAGAACAGGUCUUUCAGGGUCCCGCGUUUCGGGACUGAUUUUAAGCGAAAUACGGGAGGCCUCGGUACAACUGGCCGUCCCCUCCCUGUGACCAGUUAAAUUAUAAUGCAUAUUUGAGUAGUCAGAAGCCCCCCUCUGGCAGGUGCUACUAGCCAGACAGCCCUUAAGAAUUUGUCUUCCUGGACCCCGCUUCCGUGGGCACUGAGAAGGCAAGAUGAAAAGGCUCAUCAUCGGGCCUGGGGUGGUGGGGGUAGAUUAGCAGGCUCUCCGCGGGGCCGUUUCUGAUCUGAUCCUUUAAGCCCGGGGCCCUGGUGUUUUCAAUCAAUCAAUGGUAUCUAUUGAGCGCUUACUCCGUACAGAGCACUGUACUACUUGGGAGAGUACAGUAGAACGAGAGUCAGUAGACUAUUUCACGGCCCAGAAGGCGCUUACAAUGCACCGGAAACUGGAGCCCCGCUAGAAAACUGCACGGCUCGGCCCCAAGGGACCCCAAGGUCUGGCUGACCCCAUUUAGCUUACGAGGUGACUUUUGGUGUAUCAUUUUCUGGUAGCUGGGCCACAACUUUAUUACUCAUCACCAUUCUUUAGAAGCCGUUAAAAGCUAAAAUUGCCUCCCUCCAAAAUCCGGGGGUUUAUUCUACCAGCUCCACGAAUUUAAGGCAGAGACUUAAAUUUGCCCAUACGCCAGAACUGCCCUAACAGAGGGAAUUUUUGCUGCCUCUCACUGUGUCUGUUGAGGCUUCGACACUGGAAUGAUGAUGCUCGGUCCUUGGGAAAUCCGCCAACGCAGCCCGUUUUCGGAGUCUUCUGGAGCUCGGGCGGAUGUUGUCACCAGCUGCAGACUCAGAGGUCCAGAACAGGUUUUUUGGGGGGUCCCACGUUUCGGGACUGAUUUUAAGCAAAAUCCGGGAAGCCUCGGUGCGGUCCCCUCCCUAAGAGGGGAGGGGAUAAGAUAAGAUCGAUGAUUGUGAUGCAUAAUUCAAGAGGCCACGGGAUUACCAUCACUGCCCUGGGUUGAAACGAUGAGCCCAAGGUCAGAAUCCCACUGGCACUUAAAUCUACGCCCCGAUGGAACCUCGUUGCUGGUGCCACUGCCCGGCUCCUUUCCACACCUGAAAUUGCCCCGUACCACUCCCAUCCCCACCCCGAGGCCUUGGAGCUGAGGAGCCUAGGCCAGGACAGAGCACGUGGCAGAAGGAAGUGAGUUAGGGGUGUUAAAAGUCACAGAACCCCAUGGGGUACCACUAGAUUUUAAGCUCCCAGAGGGUUGGGAUCGUGUCCAUCUAUUCUACUGAUAGAGUGUUCUGCCCACAGUAAGUGUUCAGUAAAUAUCAGUGAAGGAUUCUUGAUUGAUGCUCAAGCCAUGAUCUCUGCUCCUUUUUUGGAAACAGCGACAUUGAAGCUAGGCUGUCUUCAAACACCCUCCCCCACCUCCCAUAAGGUCAUAACCCCGGGAGAGGUCUAGCUAGCACAACUGCAAACCUCCCUUGCUGCCACAGUUAAAUAUUCAGGGAGGGGACAGCAUGCAUAGUGACCCACUGACCGGUUAAAAUCGGUCAACGGCUUCACUGACACAUGGGCCUCAGUGAAUCGGAGGGAACCAACACAGUGGAAACAGAAGACCGUAACGGCCUAUUAGCACAACCCGCAAGGUUUCCAGCAAGGGAGAUUUUGGACUGUGUCCAACCCGAUUUGCUUGUGCCCACCCCAGCGCUUAGUGCAGUACCUGGCACAUAGUACGCGCUUAAUUAAUACCUUGAGUAAAUUAUGAGUUGUUUUUUGGGAUGCAGGUCCCCCUCAUGUCUAAUUCGGGGGCAGACGCCCUUGGCUCAAAAUAACUGUCUUAGGAUUUUUGGGGUCCAUUCCUGCUACUUUUUUCCCGGCUCUGUGCCUUCCUCUGGCCAGCAUUUUCCCAUCCACUUGCAGAUAGAAGGCCAGAGCAUCUUUUCACCCUGAACAGACUGGAAUCUGUCAUACUGCAUUCGAUGGGCAAUUAGACAGCAUUAGUGCUGAACUCGUAGCUGCAAUGGCCCUUCCUUUAGAUUUCCAGCCAGAAGCAGAAGGGUUUGGUAAGUAGGGCUUCCCUUCUGCUGCUGACAAACCCGUCCGACGUGUUCCAGAAAGGGACCUUCACCUAGCUGUUCGGAAGGGGUGUCUGUCUCUCUCAAAGGAUCAAGUGUGUGUGAGGAAACUAGCUGGUGUUACUUCUAAUCCAGCAUCUCCACUUCCUGGAAGGACGAUCUUGCGGUCAUAUUAAGGACCCCACAGCUACGUUCUCAUCCUAACCACUCAAAAGGCAUGUUUUGGGGAGGGUCUCUGAGCCAACCUCCUUGCUCACGUCAUUUCCAAAGAAGGCCGGCCCCAGCCCUCGGAGUUCAGGACAGAAAGGGUGGUUUCCAGUUGGAGUAGGAACCGUCGGUGACGGCCCUCUCCCCUCCCUCACCCCCACUGGGCUAGAUGGCGGGGACCCUGGCUAGACCAAGCCAGUUUUCUGCAUAAGGCUCCCACCUUCACUGGUCCAUCCUCUUAUAUACCACCAGCAAACCCUCCCCGCGACAGUGAUUGUAAAAUUGGACAAUGGACCCAGAACUCUAUGCAACACCAGACAGCUUCUUCCUCUAAAUCGGAAUUUCUCUACCAGCCCCACCCGCCUCGGUCUCUGUUGGCUCCGCUUCACCUCACUAGGGUUUUCCUUUUCUGUCGAGAGAACACCCAUCACCCCCCCCGCCCUCCCCACCAGCCCCCGUUCCAACCUGGCCCGAGGCGCAGCCUUCUUUCUUUGGGUGUGAAAUACGAAUCAUGUUUUUAUGAUUUUUGUAAAUCUCUUCUCUUUUUACGCCUUGUUUUUGUAAGCUGAUGUUUCCUAUUAAAAGAAGAAAACGCCCGA